GUGAAAAGAAUGAGUGUCUGAGGGAUGAGGAAUACAGCUGUCUCGUUUAUCAGGAAUGAAGACAGGACAGAUACUGACGCUUUGAGAUGAAGAAAUGUCUCCCAUUACUGAGUGAUAACGUCUUGAAAUGCAGUCCAGUGGAUCCACCUCAGAUUAGUACAGCUUUAUUGUUUUUCCAAUCUGUCAGUUUGAGUAAGAAACCAAUGCUAUUGUCAUUUCGGGAGGCAUCAGGAGCUUUAAUGUAACAGGAUGGACCUCAUGAUCAGCACCUCGACCACCUACAGACCCCCUCCCCUCCCCUUCGGCAGUGUCUUUUCCUCCCCCUUUUUCACAGAGUAAAUAAGAAGGGAACCCAGAGUCAGCGAGACUCGGAGUCGAAAGACACUCAUCCAGCCCUGCAAUGCCCAGUAGUACCCCAAGCACCAACGGAAUCAUGCCAGAAGUAAAGAAAGCAGGAAGAAAAGGAUCAAGAGCACAAGCCAACCCUGCAGAAAAGGCACCACCAUAUGACCCCAACAUCCCUGAACCCAAUACUAGAGCUGAGCUGAUCAAAUACUGGCUCAAUCUCUCUCUGGAUGACAGAACUGCUCAGAAAAUGUUGUGGCUCUCAGAAGGUGGAGCCAAAGUGUCACGUAUGUCAGAGGAAGUGUGUCCUGUUCUAGACAGGCCAGAGAGAUAUGAACAUUCACCACAGGUGCUGUGUAAGGAGGGUCUUCUGGGCAGUCGUGGGUACUGGGAGGUGGACUGCGAGGGCUGGGUGGUGAUUGGGGCAGCGUGUGAAAGCGCUGGGCGGAAAGCUAAGGAUGGCCAGUGUGGGCUGGGAGAGAACGACCUGUCAUGGGGUGUGGGCUGGGCCGGAUCCUGCUACCAUGUCUGGCACAAUGGCGUGAACAUCGAAUUCCAGGCUCCCCUCUGUCCCACCAUCGGCAUCUACGCUGACCAGCCAGCGGGCAUCAUCAAGUUUUUCCUAGUCGAAGAUGGAGAGAACGGCUCCAAGGAGGUCAGACUGAUUCAUCGGUUUGCAACCACUUUCAAGGAGAAGCUCUUCCCUGGUUUCUGGGUGGGCAGGAACUCCUUCUGCUGGAUCCGAAAGAAGGAUCAGUAGGGGGUGAAUGCAUGAAGAGAAGGAGGGGUUGGGAGGAAACAGGGUAAGGGUGAUGUAAGAAAAAGGAGAAGAAAGUUUGAGAAGGAACCAUUGGUAGCGAGUAAGAUACAAAAAAAGUUCUGUAAUAACAUACUGCUAAAACUGUAAAUGGAGACUUGCAUUCUAAACCUGAAUCUGCCUGUAAGUAACCACUAGGUUGAUGCUAAAUGUAGUGUUUUAGUAUUUUAACCAGCAACUGAAUUGGUGUAGCAUUCAUCUUUAUACUAAUUAUUUUGAAUAUUCACUGUAUUAAAAUUUUAUAUUCCAUGUGAUGGCAAAUGCAGAUACUGUAGGACAUAUUUAUCUCUGUGGUCUAAUAAACUGGAUCAAAAUAAUCAGGAUGUGUG